UUUUUAAGUUGCAUAUAAAAUUUGAAAUUUUAAAUUUAUUUCCUAAACUAUCAUUGAAAUUACCCACUAAUUAAAAAGUAUGAACGAGUUUUUGAAAAUCAAUUGGAGGGUGAGCCACCCCAGCCAACUAGAAUGCUACGCCCUAAAAGAAUUUUUGCCCGACGAAGCCCUACAGUUCAGCGACAACGAUUCCGAUUCCGACGAAGAAAAAUACCCGAAAAUAUUCAGAAUGAGACGUGUCGACUACACGCCCGGUCUACAAGAAAUAAAAUCGAUCAAAAUUCAAUCUGGCAUCGAUCAGAGGGGUCAUCAGGUGUGCCUUGAAGCCCUCAAACUAUUUCAAUCCGGUAAGGACAGGUCUUGUUACACUUACAAAGAAAAUCAAUCUGCUGCAACUUACGAUAAACUUAAAAUGGUUAUUUUACAAGAGAAUGCUAAAUAUUUGAAAUAUGUUGCUCAACAAUGGCAAGAAAUAGAUUAUUUCAAACAAUAUUUCAAUGAAAAUGUUACGGACUUUGGCAAAUGCAUUUGGCACAAAAAGAAGCUCAGAUUGAAAUCCUAUCCUCAGUUUUAUAAAGAGUUGCUCAUGAUUAAUACAAGCUUAAAUGAAGAAGAAGAAAUUAUUGAGUUUAAUUGUGUUGAAAACAAUUUGCAAUUGGAAGGUUUUGCACAGUUUUGCAAUCCUGGCCUCAAAAGCCCUUGCCAACUCAAUACAAUCAAACUAGAAUCUGAAAAAGAUAAAGUCCAAUUGCCUUUAAAUGAAGAUGAAGGUGUUUUGAAUUAUAUACAAGAUGUUGAUGUUGUAAUUUCUUCUAGUAGCAUAAAACACCUUGUAGAUACUACAGAAUCAGGCAAAUGGUUGUUGCCAGUUGUAAUUAAAACAAUCAAUAACAAACAAGUAGCAUUUUUCGAAAAACCUUUCUCCUUAAAUGAUGUCUCAAACAAAGACCUUGCCCAAACAACAUACAAAAGACUUAUCCAAAAAGCAUUUUGCCUACCAGAGCCCAAACCCAAACCAACAUACAGGAAGUGGCUGAUUACAAAAACCCAUUGCCUGAAUAGCCUUAUGAAAACACACCACAAACCUGUAAAUCUUAAAGUGCUUAUAAGAAAUAAAACAGUUGCAAGUGAAACAAUUAAUAAAACAUUACAAGAUGUUAUAUUGAAACCUAAAAUCGAAAUGCAACUUAAGUAUGGAGCAAACAUUCAAACAAAAUCUGAGCUUAUUGGCGAAUGGGCCUCGUUAUUUUUCAGGCCCUUCUCCAAUUUGUACAGAGUGCGAAUUUCCCCUGUAAAAGGCGAAGUCAUUUGUCUGGAAAAAUGCCACAUACAAAAAGUAAUAGCUGAAGCCCAGCACCACUACCACUACAAGCCUCAACUUGGACUAGCGACUUUGCAAAAAGUUUUCGAAGAUGUCAGCAAACUUCCAGUGGGCAACUAUUUGUUGCGGCACUUGCCCAAACAAGGAAAUUUUAUUUCAGUCUUGAAACAAUCAGACAAGCAAGAGUUUGAUUUUUAUAAGGAAUUGGACCAAAGAAGCUUAAGUGAUUGCCCUAAUUGGGUACCGCUUGAUUGCAACUUUAUUUUGCCUGGGUUUGAGGCAUUGAAUCGUAUGCCUGGGAUGUUCCAGCCUAGGAAAACUAAUUUGAAAAGAAAGAUGCAAACUGAUGUAGGAUAAUUGGCUCUUGAGAUUUGUUUUAUAACAAUUAAAAUAAAUUUAAAUUUUCCACCACAAAAUCUUGUAUUUAAAUU